AUGUAUGUCUACGGCAGUCGCGGCGUCGCCACAGCACGGGAGCUGAGAGUUGGCUUCGUGGCUGUGAACAAGGGGCGUGCUUCCUCUGCCCCUUCCUACCAAUUGUCGCGCGCGACCGACCCAGGGCUGCCCAGAGGGCACAGCAACAUCGCAGUGCUAUCCAGGUAUCGUGAAAGUGAGAACGGCCACAAUAUGCUUCGUUUCCAGUCAAAUGAGCAGAAGACCUUCUCAGAAAUACUGGAAGCGUCUGCCCGGGAAACAAAUGACAUUCUUUCUCAGAGGCGGAAGGUGAUGGAUCAGGCGUGGGCCGACAUUGAUGAGGGAUGGCAAGCGCUCCAGGAGCAUAUGGCAAAGAUCGGCAUUACAAAGCCCUUAGACUUGAAGGAAGGCCUGGUCAAGUUGAACGUUGGCGGUUCGCUUCUCGCCUUUCGUCGCUCGGUCUUUGAGGGUAAAGGAAAGGGUGCGACUUCGGCGCUGGGAAGCCUGUGCGAGGCUGAGUGGGACAAGCGCAUUCCUCGUGAUUCAGAUGGCCGCAUCGUGCUUGAUGAGUCGCCGACGUGCGUCAAGCGCCUCUUCCACGACCUUCUUACCCCUCCGUCCUUGGCCAAGGGUACGGUAGUUCGCGAGGAUAAUUUCGCCAGCGACGAGACACCCGACCUUCUCCGCUACACGGCGCACGUCCUCGGUCUGUCGUGGCAUUUAGCGCCCAUCGGAAUGUCGAUAACGGGAGGGACAACCAUCUUCGAACCUCACGAAGCCAGCAGGCUGACUGCUGUCAUUCAAGGUUGGUGUCCUGGGCAUCCUGGUCGGCUGGAACUGCUCUACCGUGCUUCCCGCGACGGCUGGAAUAGUGCCGCCUUCCAAGCUACGUGUGGAGACGAUAGGCCCUCGACGGUUACCUUCUUCCGGGUGAAGGGCCAAGGGACAGGUGGGACGGACAGUAUCGUCGGAGGAUUCUCCAGCGUUCCGUGGACUCCUCCAGGUGGUUCCACAGGCUACACCGCUUCACCAGGGGCAUUUUUGUUCAUGCUCAAGGACGCAGGCAAGAGAAUUGGAUCGGCCUGCAGUACCAUGCAUGCCAUGUCCACCAUCUGGUGAUUCCGUCGGGGGGGCGGGGGUG